AUGCCCAUACAAGAGUUACCUGAUAAUAUGAUUAUAUCAAGACGGUAUACUUUAUUGAGAAGUAAAACGAACACCUUGAACAAUCCUGUGAAGAAUGCAACACUCUAUAUAUUGUCACAAUUUUUACCUGUAGCAUACACCUACACCUCCAUCUCUGUGGAACUAUUCUCGAUAUUGGAUCAGUGUAUGGUUAUUAGCUCUUUGGGUUCGAGAGAUGGCAAAGACGGCUUUGAGACCACAUUCAUAAGCUGCUUCCUCGAAGAUAUUUACAAGGAUGACCUUACUGAGGCUCUUCACACAUUCCCCAUUAAAGAUGUCUUCCUUCAUGACCUUUCCAAACUUGCCUCUUUAUCCACACCUGUAAUUACUUCGCAACCCACCUCCUCCACGAUUGUUCAGCCACCAUUCAUCUUUGAGGGCAUUAGAAAAACUGUAUUCACUUGUCAAAUCCAGUAUAGCUUUAUUUAUUCCUUCAUUCCUCCUCCGACCUCUCCUUAUUUCCAAACUCACCUCACCCAUCACGACCAACAUGUAUUUGCAUUCGUCAACUGGUUUCCUUUGCUUGCAGAUAGGUUACGAGAGAAAGAUGGAGCUGAAAUUUGUGGAUCAGCACUUUCACCAUCAAACUAUCAUUCAAUUUUGCCUGAACAUAGAAUCUCCUUAGAAGUAUCAAUUGCUAAUCAGACAACAGGACUUGUCCAAAAAAAAAAAUCGGUAGUUGCUUUACCAAAAAAGCUUUCUACUUAA